AUGUAUCCGCGAUCAAUGACAAAUGGACUUGCCGCAAGUCUGCUAUUUUUCAUUUUUCUCUUUUUUCUUGCCAGGUACGAAGAUUAAUUGGAAAACUGUGGGAAACUUUUGAAAAAAAACCGAAUUUUUAAGGCAUAUUCGAAAUUUGGAUUGGAGUCGAACCGAAGACGAUUUGAAUAAUUUGGAAAGCGGAAAAUUGCCACCGGCUUAUAAUCAAAUACCAUCAAGUCCACCGCCAACUUAUCAGGUACUUUUUAAAUUUUUGAUAAAAAGGUUGUUGAAAAUUAUAGAUGAAAUAUAAAAACUGAAUUUUGACAAAAGUUUUAGAAAUUUAUGACAAUACAAAUUUUUUUGAGAUGAGUAUUUGAUUUUAAAAUUUGGAAUAUUUUUCUAAUCAACUUUCAUUUGUAAAUUUGAUUUUUAUAUUGUUUUCACGCUUCAUUUUUGAAAUCUUCAAAAUUCUCAAAAAAACCCAUGUUCACUCAAAUUCUACACCAUCAGAUAUUAUGUGUUUUUGGUGACCUUCUCAUGGUGUCUUUUAUUUUUCUGUCUUGUCACUAAUUUAUUUAUUUAGUUCACUCACAUUUAUCUACAAAGCAAAAAAAAGACAUAAGAAUCAAUUUGGGAUAAUUGAACCGUGAAAUUGAAAUUGCUUUUUCUUUUCUUUUGAUGAAUCUUCCUUCGUUCAGUAAAAACAUGUUUCUUCGAAUCACAAAAUUUUCAUAUUAGUUCAUUUGAAAAAUCAAUGAUAAUUUCCUCUUUUUUCAGGAAGCCAUUGCUAUGAAGUUCUAA